AUGAAGGGCUUUCUCUCGCUGAUAUUUUUGCUCCUCAGUGUCACCACCUCAGUCUCCGCCUGGGCCCUAACGUGGACCAACUCGAAGGGCAAAUCGUACGUCGAGCAAGGUCACAGCCCCGUCAAUUGUAGAAAGAUUGAGCAGGCGAAGAGCGAGGAAUACCGAUGGAGCCCAGAAGAAGACGGGCUCUCUAUCUGGCUGUUCGAGAACGACCAAUGUGAAGGCUCCCGAGCAGGAUACUCACCACCUUCACAAUGGGAGCAUAUCUCAAGUCGAGAGCUCCUUUCAUUUCGCGUUGCCUUGGCCGACGCCAACGAGAACCCUACCAGCACCUCCACUCCCACGCCGACGCCCACAUCAACGUCCACUCAGACCGAAUCUGCUACAGCAACAGCAUCCGCAACCCCCACUGGCGAGCCCUCAGGCGGCUCAUCUGUCAAUUCUGGUGCAGUUGCAGGUGGCGUAGUCGGUGGUGUUGCCGGCGCUGUGGCAAUUGGCGGCCUCUUCUUUUACCUAGGCCGUCGCAAACGCUCACCCAAAGCCGAUCCUGAGCCUCGAGAAUCCGGUCCAGAUAACGGAAAUUCUACAUCUAGACCUAGUCCUCCAUCACCUUCCGCGCCGCCAUCCGCACCAGCAGUGCCUCCAUCCGCUGUGGCAGGGUACUCGCAUUACGACGCAUCUUCGUACGAAAGAAAAAUGGAACUGGACUCGGCGCCCGUAUAUCAGUCAGUUGGCGGGGGGCACCACGACGAAACUGCGAAGCACUCUUAUUCCCCUCUUGAAACGUCAACGCCGGCCCAUUAUCCACCUGCUCGCAUUAUCUCUGAACUUCCGGGUGAUGCGGGAAUGGUCGAGAUGAGCGAUAGCCAUAGGCUGCAGGAGCUGGAAGCUAGGGGGACCAAGAUGGGGUGA